CAGCCUGUUCUACACCACCUACUCACCUCCCUUCUUCAGCGUGGCAUACUCGUUUCUCGUCUCUCAAUGGCACCUACAUCUAAAGCGGACGCACCGAUCAACUGCAAACUUCUCCUAAUAGGCAACUCCUCUGUGGGCAAGAGCAGUCUUCUCUCUGAGGUUCUCGGAUGAGCAGUGGCUACCGGAAGAUGAGAGUAGCGCGACCAUCGGGGUCGAUUUCAGGGUGCGCUAAUCACAAGUGCCUGGCGAGACUGGACUUGGCUAGACCGGGGAUCUUAUAUUAGGUGCACAAGAUGGAAGUCAAGGGCAAGAAAGUGAAGCUGAGCAUAUGGGACACUGCCGGCCAGGAACGAUUCCGCACCAUUACCUCGUCCUACUACCGUGGAGCGCAAGGCAUCAUCCUUGUAUAUGAUGUUUCCAAUCGGGAGUCCUUUGACGCAUUACCACGAUGGUAUAGCGAACUGGAGACGUAUGUGAGCGACAAAGUCGUCAAGAUUCUGGUGGGCAACAAGGUGGACAAGGAGUUUUCACGGCAAGUGCCCACUUCGGAAGCGCAGGCCUUUGCAAAGCGCAUGAACUCCCUCUUUGUCGAGGCCUCCGCGAAGACAUCCAUUGGCGUCAAGGAAGCGUUCACAGAAGUCGUGGAGAGGAUCAUGGACAUCCCAGAACUCUGGGAAGCAGCUCCUGGUGUGGGUGCAGGCGCGGCUGCCAAGUCCUCCUCGGGGGGACAAAUGCCUGGAGGUGUUAAUUUGAGCGAGGGCGGAGAUCAGGGUGGAGGUGGCUGCUCGUGCUAGAGACUCAUGUGCACAUUACGAUCACGACCACGACCACGACCAUGCCAUGCCAUUCAUCUUACUUUUACUGUUUUCCAGGCUAGAGUAGAGCUGUGAGGAUUGGACACAAGUCUUCCAAUAGUUUCGGGAACUGGACACACAAGGGAUCUGCCCUCGGAUGACUGUGGUCAACAUGCCAACCCGCCCUCGAGUCAUUCCUAGUCAGUGAUUGCUGAGACUCAAGAUUUGUAGGCGAUGGAGAUGGCGGGUAACGCCAGAGCUCAUAGGCUUGGAGCACAAGAGCUGUGAAUGAUGAGUUCCAUCACGUGACUCGAUCAAGUAUGAAAGAGUGUCAGUAAAGAGUCAAACCGGUUCUUGGCCGUUUGACAAUGUCACGGCCAGACGAUUAUCGGAUCGGUGGUCGAAAAUGAAAGCGAACGGCAAUGAGCCUCGAGGUCAUGA